AUGCUCGCUUUCGGGCUGGUGCUAAUUCUCGUUAGAUGCAUCUGGUCCCUGCAGCUGUGUGCUGUAAAAUGUGCGCAUACAGACAUCGCGGCGUAUCCAGUAGACUUCAGUAUUUCCCUCGAGUCGUGCGGGGUUUUGUGUGAGCGUCGAUCGAGGCCAUUGUUUCAUAGCACUGGGGUUUCCCGAGGUUUUCUGGAUUCCCAUCUGUUUUUUUUAGAUUUGUGGCAUGUAUGUGCUCUAAACGUCUGCGGAUUUGUAAACCUUCAGUGUGGACUCGUGAGUUAUUUCCUUUUGCUCGAGUCCCCUGCUCGAUUAACCCAUUGGACAUUGUCCCCCGUAAGUUCGAAUCGUCCGCAGUUUUUUUCUCGAAAAGUCUGUGCAAGUCGCUCUAUUCUGCCUCAGUUGAACACACGUGAAGCGGUUCCCUAUCUGCUCAGACUUACUAAUUUUUGA